AUGUCGGCGCCGUACUGGGGCCAGCUGCCAGAGCCGCAAGUCGUCAAAGACCGGCGCCGAUUGUCUGCAGGGCUCGACAGCAACGACGACUCGUCGUCUCGCAGAGCCCCCAACCGCGCCUCCAUCCAGACCAGUUACACAGACGGCGGCCUCACCGAGUCGACCUUCAGCCCGCACUCGCCCACGACGUCGAGCGUCGCCGGCGCCGGCCUGGCCCCGAGACCGCCCUCGUACCAGCGCCAAACCCAGAGCCGCGUGUCUCGCCCGACCGACCACGGUCACGACACCAGCCGCCCUGCCGUCGCUUCGGGUCUCGCGACGCCUCCUGCCGCUCCCGACGUCCCUCGCGGCCCACCCGUCAGCUACCGUCACCCUCACGGCAACGGUGGUCUGCCCUACACAUACCCGGCCGCCGCAGCCGCCGCCACCUCGGGCGCACCCUACGAUCCUGAAGCUCCUCCUGCUGCGCUGUCGCGGAACGCAGACAUGCAGCCUGAGGCCUACUACACCACGAGGCAGGACACCCGCUUCGACGGCUCCUCGCAGCUGCCGGUGCGCGAUGUCGCGGCCAGAAGGGACGCAGACGUCGCCGCCCAGCCGCGUCGGCCGUCGGCAGCGGGAUCCUCGGCGGAACGUCGCAGAAAUAUGACCAAGGAAGAGAAGAGGGCCCGGGUGCAGGCGGCGGAGCAAAGGGCGAGGCAGCGCGCGGCCGCAAAGGCGGCGGCGGACAUGUCCGUUGCAAGAGACGCCCAAGCAGUGGACCAGUACCAGGCGGAUCACAACAUGCAUCAGGAGCCUCAUGUGGUGCCUGCGCCCGUGUCUAUGCCGGCACCCGUCUCGGUCGCGCAGACCAUGCCCCACGAGCCCGCCCGGAGAGAGCUGCCAGCUCGGCAUGAGCCGCCUUCACAUCGUCACCCACACGAGGAGCAACACGAUUACCCUAACCCAGCAUGGCAAGAGCCACAACAGACUCCACGACAGCAUCAGCAUCAGCAUCACCAGCAACAGCAACACUCACACCAGCAGCAGCCACACCAUCAACAACUACAAGAGGUUGUUCCUCCCCGGCAGCUGCCUCCUCCCGGGGACAGCGGCAUCCCCCAGCGCAACUUGAGCUUCCGCGAACGCACCGCGCGGAACGAUGGCAACCUACCGGGAGGCGAGUCGCAACCACUGCCCGUGGGCGGCGGGCUUGCCUUGGCUCGCAGCGGAAGCAACAAGCUGAGGAAGGAGCCUCCUCCAGAGGCACGCUACCGCCAAAUGGGUGCCGAGAGAAGCGUAUCUAUGAGACAGACUCCAACGGGGCCGCCCCGGUCAGACAGGGUCGUUUCCCUCGAGGCGCGAAACAAGGAACUACCGCCACCACCACCAACGGAGGCUAGGGCUGCGCCGAGCCACGAUAACGAACGCUAUCCGGCGUUUGUCGAGAGCGAGCCUAUCCACAGUAUCCAUCGACGCGCUACCGAGCCCAGUCAGCGACACAUUGAAAUCCAAGCUGCUCCCGUAACUGGCCACCGACAUAACGUCGAGCAGCCGGCCGAGACGCAGCUCGCUCAACCCGCCGUCAUCCGUCCUCAGGCGCUGCAAGAAGCCGAGUCGGAGGCUUCACACCCUCACUCUCCCGGGAUGCCGUCCAUCAGGCGCGAAGACCUGCGCCCGGGCGAAGGCCUUUAUAAGCCACCCGAGUGGCUCGACGAGUGGAAAAAGGGCACCACAGGCACGUUGUCCGGGGCACUCCUCGAUGUCACCAGGGAGCAGUCGUCUGGAGCCGACAUCAACAAGGCAUGGUGGGAGACUGGGCGAGGCGGUGGCAACGGCAACGCGGCGAGGCGUAAGGCCGAAGCUUUCGAUGGAGAGUACGACGAUACGACAGGGCCAACUCGCUUCAAGCCGCCCUUAUAUCUCAAGUGCGGUCCUCUUUUGAGAUACUGCGGUAUUCGUCGCGAGAGAUUUCCCACCAGGUCUGGCGGGUUUAACGAGCGCGAGAUAUGGCGAGGCAGCAUCCUGAUUGUUACCCAAGACGCAGAAUCUUCGUACGAGAUUGCUCCAAUGCUCCGGCUUUUCGUGCAAAACGUGGCGCUUCUGCCACGACCGCCUCAUCAGGUCAACGGGGACCUGCCACCGGAGUACGUUGACCCGAUCGCCGGACAUCCCAAGUUGGGCCGCAGAGGCGAGACCCUGUAUGUCCGACCAGUAGAGCAACUGGAGGAAGCCAAGGACUUGUCUCGCGACGAGACGGAUAACGGCCUCUUCGAGAAGACAAAGAGCCCGCCCGACGUGGCCCCUGCCGAUGGCUCCACGGAUCUACCCGGGUCGUUCGCACGCCGUCGCAAAGCCGUUGGCAUUGACGGCGAGAAGCUACAAAAAUACAAAGACGCUCGAGGCUUCCGUCUGCACGCCGAGCGUGGGCACACUUUCUGGCGCUUCAACAUCGAGGUGGAGCUCCAGGCGAAGCAGCAGCGCAUCGCCUACCGCAUCAACCGAGGGCCCUGCAUGGGCUUCUGGGUCCCUGCGCGAGGAGAGGCCAUGAACAUCAUGUUCUACAGCUGCAACGGCUUCAGCCUCAGUGCCAAGCCCGACGAACUCAGCGGGCCAGAUCCCAUGUGGCGGGACGUGCUGAAUUCGCAUCAGACGCAGCCGUUCCACGUCAUGGUCGGCGGCGGCGACCAGCUUUACAACGACUGCAUCGCCGACGAAUGCCAACUCUUUGACCAGUGGCUCGACGCUCGCAAUCCUCACCACAAGCACAAUGCACCGUUCUUGCCCGAGAUGCAAGACGAGAUGGAGGAAUUUUAUCUCGAGCGGUAUUGCAUGUGGUUCUCUCAGGGUCUCUUUGGACUUGCCAAUUCCCAGAUUGCCAUGGUCAACAUGUACGACGACCACGACAUCUUUGACGGGUACGGCUCGUACCCUGACCGGUACAUGAACUCGCCCGUCUUCCGCGGCCUCGGUGCCGUGGCGUUCAAGUACUACAUGCUGUUCCAGCAUCAAAGCCUCAUGGACGAGACGGAGAUGACGGAGCCAAGCUGGAUUCUGGGAGACCAGCCGGGACCGUACAUUGGCGAACUAAGCCGCAGCGUGUACGUCUCCGUGGGUGGCAAGGUGGCGUUGCUAGCAGUCGACUGCCGAACGGAGAGGACGGAACACGACGUGAUUGGAGACAAGACUUGGGAGAAGAUCAUGAACCGGCUGUACGCCGAAGUCAGGCGCGGACAGGUCGAACAUCUUCUUGUUCUGCUGGGCGUCCCCAUCGCCUACCCUCGCCUCGUGUGGCUGGAGAACAUCCUGACGUCCCGGUUGAUGCACCCUGUCAAGGCUUUGGGCCGCACUGGCGUUUUCGGCAAGGCACUCAAUAACAUUGAUGGCGGCGUCGAGGUGCUGGACGACCUGAACGAUCACUGGACCGCCAAGAACCACAAACACGAACGGAGCAUCAUCAUUGAGGAUCUGCAGGAUCUCGCCAUUGAUAAAUCGAUGCGGGUCACGAUUUUGAGCGGUGAUGUCCACUUGGCCGCGGUCGGGCAGUUCUACUCGAAUCCAAAGCUUGGACUGGCCAAGCACAAGGACCCGCGGUACAUGCCCAACAUCAUCUCAUCGGCCAUGGCCAACCACCCGCCGUCUGAUCUCAUGGCAGAUGUCCUCAACAAGCGCAACAAGGUGCAUCACUUUGACAAGCAGACAGACGAGAACAUGAUUCCGCUCUUCCAGCACGGCGUGGACGGAAAGGCCAGGAACAAUAAGCACCUUUUGCCACACCGAAACUGGUGUCAGAUCCGCGCAUGGGCACCAGGAAACACCCCCCCUCCCACGCCGCCACUGUCGGCCUACGAAGGCACUCCGAGUCCGUCGCCCAGCAAAGGUGGCGGGAUCUUCAGAAGGCUAUCUUCCAGGAGGCAACCUCAGGCGGCCAAUUUCGACGGCUCGAGGGACUCUGUAAGAGGCCCCAAGCCUCCCGUGUCUGGUGGCAUGGGCUUCUUCCGCAGCCUCUCGCGACGCAACUCUACAGACGGGCGACGGCCGGCCAAGCUCACGCGAAGCAUGUCGCUGGGCCGCGGAGAGGGCGAGAAGAGGGGCUUCUUCGGCUUCGGGCGGCGAGGCAGCGAGAGUCGGCCCGACGAUGGCGGCAUCAACGGACAGUGGGGUGGCGACAGCGACGAGGACGAAUUCUACGGGCACCCGGCACAUCCUCCUCCAGCUGCUCGUCCGUCGGGCCUUCGCGGGGGAGGCACGUAUGACGACGAGUACGCCGAGGGUGAUGAGUCGUACUUUACGGCGAGGCCGCUGCCGCCUCGUCGAGCGGUGACGCUGGAAAGCCAGCCUCCGUCAGCCGGCGACGAGGAGGCGCCCGUCAUCAGGCCCUUCCACCGCACGCCGACGGGACUAUCGACGAAGCAACUGAAGAAGGCGGAGCAGUACGAGGUGGACCUGGAAGGCGGACUGGACAUCACGCUCAACGUUGAGGUCAACCCCAAGGACCCGACGGGCAUCACGGUGCCGUACCGCCUGCUGGUGCCGCGGCUGCAGUACGAGUACGAUCCGGCGAGCGACGAGCUGGCCGCGUCGACGAAGCGGCUGGCCCAGGAGCCGCGGGGGUUCAAGAGGCUGUUUAGCAUACGGAGACGGAAGCAGGAGAAGGCGCAAGAGACUCACGACGGGCCGCCUAGCGAGGAGGACGAGGACGGCGAAGAGGACGAGUAUCCGAGGCACUGA